AUGGCGUCAAAAAAGUACGCCUUCCUCCCGAUGGAGGACGACGAGGUCGGCCCCACGAAGGUGGUCAAGGACAAGAAAAAGCACAAGUCGCGCCACCGUGAUCGCUCGCGCGAAAGAGAAAGGGAACGCGAUCGGAGUGAAAGAACCUCGAGACGCCGAUCACGAUCCAGAUCACCGGCCCGACCUACGAAGCAGUACCGCAAAACGAAUACCAACAACGACGACAGAUGGGCGGAUGAGGAGCCGCCAUCGGAAGCUGACGAGGUUGAGGAGGAGGACGAGCCCGAAUUCAAAGAAUCAGCCUCGAAGCGCGUCAAGCUCGAUCAUGAUGGCCGCGACGGCGACCGCGACGGGGACCUAUCUGACGGCGCGAAGGAGGAGCUGGAGCGCCAGCGCGACAUCGAGGAGCGCGAGGCCUUUGCGAAGCGGUUACGCGAGAAGGAUGACAAGAAAUCCAAGGGCGGCCCCGAGAGCAGGCGGCCGGAGGUUGACCGCAAGGCGAACAUGGAGGACUUGCGCAUGAAGAGUCGACAAAUGUACCUUGGCAAGCGAGAGGCCGAGAAGCUUGCUCUGCUGCGCAAACAGGUCGCCGAGGAGACAGAGGAGCUCAGGAGUGGUGUGAGGCUGUCGGAAAAGGAGAAGGCCGAGUUUGCCAAGAACCGCGAGAUCCUGCGGUUGGCGGAGGAGCGCCUGAAGAUCGACGACCACAUGGACGGGUACUACAUACCGGAGGAUUACAUCACGGAGAAGGGCAAAAUCGACAAAAAGAGAAAGGAGGAGGCCAUGUACAAGAGAUACGUGGAGAAGGACGAGUACGGGCAGGAGAAGUUCGUCACGGAACACGAGGAAUGGGAACGGGAACAGGCCACCAAGGCCAAGGCGCAGAUCCAGAGGGCCGAGAGAGAAAACGACGACUACGCGUACGUCAUGGACGAGGAGCAGUACAUCAAGUGGAAUCUGGGCUCGAGCUUGCCUGGGGAGGGCAAGUUGACCAAGGAGCAACAGUUCCUGGCGGCGCAGAUCGAGGCGGCCGAGAAGAAACAGCUCUCGAUCCAGGAGACGAGAAAGAGCCUACCCAUCUACGCCUACCGAGACGAUUUUCUUGCGGCGAUGGAGAAGUACCAGAUUCUGGUCAUCGUCGGAGAGACGGGUUCCGGAAAAACGACCCAGCUGCCGCAGUACCUCCACGAGGCGGGCUACACCAAGAAUGGUAUGAAGGUAGGGUGUACGCAACCACGUCGUGUGGCCGCGAUGAGUGUUGCCGCGCGUGUGGCAGACGAGGUCGGCGUCAAGGUUGGCCAGGAGGUCGGCUACUCGAUCCGUUUCGAGGACAACACCAGCGACAAGACCAUCUUGAAGUACAUGACGGACGGCAUGCUGCUGAGAGAGUUCAUGACGGAGCCCGAUCUCUCCGGAUACUCUGCCAUCAUGAUUGACGAGGCUCACGAGAGAACCGUCCAUACCGAUAUCUUGCUUGCUCUGGUCAAGGACCUGGCGAGGGAACGGCCCGACCUGAAACUGCUCAUCUCGUCUGCAACGAUGAACGCUGAGAAAUUUGCUGCCUAUUUCGACGAUGCCCCUAUUUACAACAUCCCCGGACGAAGAUACCCCGUUGACAUUUACUACACGCCGGCGCCAGAAGCCAACUACCUGGCCGCCGCCAUCACGACAGUGUUCCAGAUCCACACGACGCAGGGCAAGGGCGACAUUCUCGUGUUCCUUACGGGUCAAGACGAGAUCGAUUCCGCUGAGCAACAGAUUGCGGAAACGGCGAAGAAGCUGGGAAGUCGGAUCAAGGAGCUGGUGAUCUGUCCCAUUUACGCAAACCUGCCAUCGGAACUCCAGGCCAAGAUCUUCGAGCCAACGCCCGAAGGCUCUCGCAAGGUCGUCCUGGCCACCAAUAUUGCCGAGACGAGUUUGACCAUUGACGGCAUCGUUUACGUUAUCGACCCGGGCUUCGUCAAGGAGAAUGUCUACAAUCCGGCGACUGGCAUGUCGAACCUCGUCGUCACGCCCUGCUCGAGAGCCUCGGCAAACCAGAGGAGCGGUCGCGCCGGUCGUGUGGGCCCCGGAAAGUGCUUCCGACUGUACACCAAGUUCGCCUACAUGAACGAGAUGGACGAGUCGCCGAUGCCCGAGAUCCAGCGGACGAAUCUCAACGGCGUCGUGCUCCAGCUCAAGUCGCUGGGCAUCAACGAGCUUCUCGAUUUUGAGUUCAUGGACCCGCCGCCGACGGAGGCCCUCAUCGGGGCGCUGAACCAGCUCUUUGCGCUGCAGGCGCUCAACCACAAGGGCGAGCUUACAAAGAUGGGCCGGCAGAUGGCCGAGUUCCCGACAGACCCGAUGCUCGCCAAGGCGGUCCUCGCCGCCGACAAGGAGGGCUGCGUCGAGGAGGUGCUCUCGGUGGUGUCGAUGCUCAGCGAGGCGUCGGCGCUCUUCUUCCGGCCGAAGGACAAGAAGAUCCACGCCGACAGCGCGCGGGCGCGGUUCACGGUCAAGGAGGGCGGCGACCACCUCACGCUGCUCAACAUCUGGAAUCAGUGGGUCGACAGCGACUUCUCUCCCAUCUGGUCGCGCGAGAACUUUUUGCAACAGCGGUCCCUCACGCGCGCGCGCGAUGUGCGCGACCAGCUCGCCAAGCUCUGCGAGCGCGUCGAGGUGAGCCCCUCGAGCUGCGGCGCCAGCAACCUGCCGCCCAUCAAGCGCGCGCUGACGGCCGGCUUCUUCCCCAACGCCGCGCGGCUGCAGCGCAGCGGCGACAGCUACCGCACCGUCAAGAAGAACGCGACCGUGUACGUGCACCCGAGCUCGGUGCUCAUGGGCGUCGACCCGCCCGUCAAGAUGCUCGUCUACUUUGAGCUCGUGCAGACCACCAAGGAGUACAUGCGCAGCUGCAUGCCCAUCGAGCCCAAGUGGCUGGCGGAGCUGGCGCCGCACUUUUACAAGCAGAAGGACAUGGAGGCCAUGGAGGACAAGAAGAUGCCCAAGGCGAGGAAUUACGAGCGGUAG